CUUCCUACCUAUCUACCCUCCACACUCUUUGAAUGCCCUUCUCUUCUCUCUCUAUAAAUCAAUCUACACUUUCUUCACAUAACCCCCCUUUUUAUUUUCCACUCUUUCAACACAGAUUAAGAUCAUAAGAUGGCACCCUCAUUCGACCAGGCCGCUCAAACCGUUUGUGUAAUGGACGCUUCGGCCCAUUUGGGCUUCGCCCUUGUCCACACACUCCUUCAUAGGGGCUACACCGUUCAUGCCUCCUUUCAAACACAAGGGGAAGAUAUGUUGAAGGGGAUUUCUACUGACCCAAACAAGCUUAAGAUAUUCCGCUCAGACCCGUUUGAUUAUCAAAGCAUAAUGGAUUCCCUUAAAGGCUGCUCUGCUUUGUUCUACUCUUUUCAACCUCCUUCUGAUCAACCUGAUUAUGAUGAAUACAUGGCUGACGUGGAGGUAAGGGCUGCACACAACGUGCUUGAAGCUUGUGCACAAACAGAAACCAUUGAGAAAGUUGUUUUUACAUCCUCAGCCACCGCUGUUGUUUGGAGAGAGGAUCGUAAAGCCAUGGAACUAGACUUGGACGAGAGGCAUUGGAGCGAUGUCAAUUUCUGUCGUAAAUUCAAGUUGUGGCAUGCAAUGUCAAAGACGAUGGCAGAGAAGACAGCGUGGGCCCUAGCAAUGGACAGAGGGAUGAAUAUGGUGUCAAUCAACGCAGGUCUUUUGAUGUCCCCUGAUCUCUCCAUCAGCAACCCUUACCUCAGAGGAGCCGCUGAGAUGUACGAGGAUGGUGUCUUCGUAACCGUUGAUCUUCCUUUUCUCGUCGACGCACACAUCUGUGUCUACGAGGAUGUCUCAUCCUACGGUCGUUAUUUGUGCUUCAAUCAUAUUAUUAACACCCAAGACAAUGCCCUUCGCCUCGCCCGCAUCUUGACCCCUGAUGCUGCUUCUUCCUUGCCUCAAAGAGAGGAGUGUGGGAAGAGUUUUAUAGAGCAGAGAAUAAGCAACAAGAAGCUGAACAAGUUGAUGGUAGACUUUGAGGCUUGAAUUAUGAAUUGAAUGAUUUUUGUUGGAAACCAAAGAGAAAAUACAUACUGUGUGUACAAUGUUACCAUGUUAAUUAUUAGUAGAAUUAUUUGUUUGUAUGUAUGCCCCCAUGUCCCCAUGAUGAGCCACAAAAUGAAUUUAUCUCAUUUUUAAACUACAACAACAACAAAAUAAUUAUUUCUUUAUUAUUUAUAUUUA